CGCGGAGAUCUGGGCCCGAGUCAAUCAGCCGACUAGUCCCGGUCCAACAGGAACUGUGAACGACAUCCAGUCUACUAAUCUACCUGCUACCAUAUAAUAAGUAACACCAUGCCCCGUGUCACUAACCAUGUGUGGAGGCCAAAAGUCAGUGUUAGUAUAUUCUCUACCACCAAAAUCUUAUCUCGUUUCACUUGUGCCACAGCCAAUUUCAGCACUGAGCCCUGUUUGAUUGCACACACAUCCGAGUUCUGUGCUGGACAAACGUGAGAAUAUAUUUUAUACACCAGAUAAUACAGACAGCAUCGGUGAAAAUCCGAUCGUACCUGUUGCAUAUACAAUACGCGCCCCAACACGGGUUGUGGGAUAACGAGCUCUAAAGAAAAGAUAGAAGGAGGCCAUAAUGUGGGGAGUUUGGUCCCUUCUGGUUGCCGUCUCUCUCGUUUCAUUUGAGACAUCGGAGGCCUUGAUACUCCGGCAAAGAGAGAUACCCGCAGUUGUGGCCUUAGAUAUCAAACGCAACGAUGUGUCAGAUCCGGUGGCGAGAGACCGCGCCAGACGAAAACGAGACACAACAACAGUUAGCCAAGCUCUUGAUAAUGAGGAAACGCUUUAUUUCUGUAAUGUGACACUUGGAACGCCGAAACAGAGCUUACGACUGGUCCUGGAUACUGGAAGCAGCGAUCUAUGGUGCAAUGCAGCGAAUUCAACGUUGUGUUCUUCGUCCACGGAUCCGUGCCGUACAUCCGGCACCUACAGCUCCAACAACUCGUCAACAUAUGCAUAUGUUUCAUCUGAUUUUAAUAUUUCUUAUGCGGAUGGAAGCGGCGCGGCUGGAGUUUACGCAACUGAUACCCUUCACAUAGGAGGUGCGACUCUGGAAAAUUUCCAAUUUGGAAUUGGAUAUUCCUCCAGUUCAUCGGAGGGCGUUCUGGGCCUCGGCUAUACUUCGAAUGAGGUCCAGGUGGGCCGCUUCGGUGAAAGUGCCUACCCUAACCUUCCUAGGGCAAUGGUGAAGGAUAAUCUGAUAAAAUCAAAUGCCUACAGUCUCUGGCUAAAUGAUCUUAAUGCAAACACCGGUUCCAUUCUCUUUGGGGGUGUAAACACAAAGAAGUAUCAUGGUGAAUUGCAAACGCUUCCCAUCCAGAGGGUUGAUGGCAUUUACUCUGAAUUUAUCAUUGCUCUCACAGGCGUUGCUUUCAAUUCGGGGUCAAGCAAUCGCAAUUACUCUUCGAAUGCGCUUCCUGCUGCUGUUUUGCUUGAUUCUGGAAGCUCCCUUACCUAUCUCCCGGACUCUAUCGUUGCAGACAUCUAUGAUGAUUUUGAUGUCGUAUAUGAACAGUCAUCUGGUGUUGGAUAUGUGCCGUGCAGCCUGUCGCAAAACAACACUAACAUCACCUACACAUUCUCAUCGCCUGCUAUCACUGUCGGGGUGGCCGAGCUUGUUCUCGAUGUAGGAGAUCUCCUAUUCCAGGACGGCGAACGUGCAUGUAUCUUUGGCAUCGUCCCCGCUGGUGACAGUACCGCUGUUUUAGGAGACACAUUCUUGCGCAGUGCGUAUGUUGUCUACGAUCUAGCGAAUAAUGAAAUAUCACUCGCCAACACGAAUUUCGACGCCAUGGGAGACAACAUCUUGGAAAUUGGAACUGGAGAAGACUCUGUCCCUGGGGCCACUAGGGUUGCUCAUCCUGUCACAACGGUGGCAGUUGAUGGCUCUGGGGCACGGAUCGGGGGACCGACAGGUGCUAUAUUCACAGAUAUUCCAUCAACGACGAGUAGUGGCGGUGCUGCUACACAGCUGACUAGUGUUCCAAAACACUUAGCGUUGAGUGCUGCUGCAAUUGGAUUCAUGCUGGCUGUCUGAGUUUCCCUCAUUUACCCAUUUUAAUGAGGACCUUUCUGAUCCUCGCCUCUCUUUCCUGCCUGCUUUUGUGUCUGUGCGUUAAGUGGACCUGUCCGCUUAUAGUCGCUCUUGUGUCCCGAUACCCCUGGCUUUCUGUUCUAAGCUCUUCCCUUUUCGCCUUCAUGAUAUUGAUUGGAUGAAUUGUUAUAUUGACAAAAUUAUCGCGAGCCUCUUACUCGAGGUAUAUAUAUAUAUAUAUAUAUAUAUAUAUAUUAUACUUGUGUAUAUCUUUCGUCCGAAUUGCAUAGAGCA